AAUCUAAUAUCUAUCAAGAAUAUUUGUCCUUAAUUAUAUUACCUUUGUUGGUACGGUUCUAAUAAGAUUUCCAAGGCACACUUGUUUCUCACUAAUAGGUUCAGAAUUAAGCGAGGCGCAACAUGAGAUAACACAUGGCAGAUAUUAUGAGGUGGAAGGAAUGAUUUCAUCAUAAAGAAGCAGAAACUGAGUUACUUUAACGCUAGUGAGAUCAGAUUAAUGCAUUAAAAAGACGUUAAAUUGACAGGGUGAUGGGGGUAUAUAUAUGGUAGCUAGCCUGUGACUAAUUCUGUCAUACAAACAGGAGACAGCAUAUUACUACUUAAUUAAUCAAGAAGAUUUAGUGAAAGUUACUCAGCAAGUUUAUUCAAUAAACAAUGGUUGGAAUGAUGGGUUGGGGAGCUAAUUCUGAUCAAUUACAAGAAUGGAGGAAGGGGCCUUGGACUCCUGAAGAGGAUAAACUUCUAUCUGAGUAUGUUAACUUGCAUGGUGAGGGAAGAUGGAGUUCUGUAGCUCGCUGUGCAGGACUGAAGAGGACUGGGAAGAGUUGCAGGCUAAGGUGGGUGAACUACUUGAGGCCUGGACUUAAAAGAGGUCACAUAACACCUCAGGAGGAAGGCAUUAUUAUUGAAUUGCAUGCCUUGUGGGGCAACAAAUGGUCAACUAUAGCCCGUUACUUGCCUGGAAGGACAGACAACGAAAUAAAAAAUUACUGGAGGACACAUUUCAAGAAGAAAGAAAAAGCUUCUGCAAAGCAGGACAAAAGAAAAACUCUAAGGCAGAAAAAUCAACUGCAACAAAAUGGCACUACUAAAUUCUCACCUCAAGCAGAAGAAGUGAUCAUAAAGAGCGAUGAAAAUGAUAACGAAGUAGCAUUCAGUUAUCGUCAGAAUAUAAUGGAUCAGGAUCCGGUUGUGGACUUGCCACCAGUGACGACUUCUUCAGACAUAUCAUAUGCAUGGACGGACACUUUUCCGAUGGACGGGUUAUGGGGAGGAUUAUGGAACCUAGAUGAUCAUUCGCAGGCAAGUGACAAGUGCAAGGUGUCAAUCCAGAAUCAACCUGCUACUGCUAAUUGUUCCUACGCAACUGAUUAUGCAGUUAACUUUUAUAAUGGAGGUUUUAUUUUCUGAGGAAAUAGAGGCGUUGAUCCUGAUUAUAAGACUAAUAGUCAGACUGUGUGUAUGGUCUAUGUCUUUAAUUUUGAAGAAGAAGAAAAAAGGAUUUGGUUACCUUACAAUAAGUUAUUAUGGUUCUGCACGAUGAUUUGUACUUAGUUAACAUGAUUA